CAUUUCCAAUCCUAUAGGCAGAAUAAGAGAAGGAGAAAUUCGCAAAAGGCGCGAAGCCUGCAAGGUGGCAGCAGCAAAAUGGCAUCCUCAACUGCCGUCGCAGCCGUACAUCCGAUCGCCGUCAGGGGCCUCGCCGGCAGCUCUUUCAACGGCACCAAGCUCGCCGUCAGGUCCCCUCGCCGGACUCACUUUCGUCCUAACCUCCGGUCCAGCACCGUCACAGUAGUGGCGAAGUACGGCGAGAAGAGCGUGUACUUCGAUCUGGAGGACCUCGGCAACACCACCGGUCAGUGGGAUUUGUACGGAUCCGAUGCCCCUUCGCCUUACAAUCCCCUUCAGAGCAAGUUCUUUGAGACAUUUGCAGCCCCAUUCGCCAAGAGGGGUUUGUUGUUGAAGUUCUUGAUAGUAGGUGGUGGCUCCUUGCUUGCCUACCUAAGCUCCACAGCUUCUGGUGACAUACUACCAAUCAAGAAAGGCCCUCAACUGCCACCCACCAAAGGGCCACGCGGCAAGAUAUGAUUUGCAUUGACCAUGAGAGAAUCUCUGUCUCUCUUUGUUUAUGUUGUCGAUAUGUGUCGUUUGAUCAACUUUGUAAGUAAAGCCUGGUUGCCCUUUUUUGCUGAUUGUAGCCAUAAACUUGAUCUCAAAUAGUUCUCUUGUGCUAAGUCAGGAUCCUUUGAUCAGAGUUAAUUGGCUUCAUAAAUUAUUUAUAGUUCUGUGUAA